AAUGACGCUCCCGUUCUCUUGCUAAAUCUCUUGUAUGGAUGGACGACGGCUCUCUUCCUUAGAAAGAGAGGAAGUUCUCAGAGGCAUUUCAUCGUUUGAGCAGAGUCGGAUAGAUAGCACACAGUUUGCGAUUCCUUUUGUCUUCAGAAAAGGUAACAAAAAGCUCAGAAUCUACAAUGAUUAUGGCCUUCUAAGAUCUAACACGCUUCACGACAACGUGAAGGCAAUAUGCUGGGGUCAAAGCUGAUUCGACAUUCCUUAAAUGAUCAUAACCGCAAGGGAACCACUAUGCAGCGCUUCCAACCAUACAGGUUGUAUGUGUUUAGAGGCAAAUGUAUGAAGCAGUUAAGCCUAAAUGUUUUAAAUCUAUCUGGGUAAAGUCAUUCAACACGAAUAGACCAGAAGAAAGUGAGAUUUCGGUAUCGUCUUAAAAUCGUUUCACAUCUAAGCCUCUAUGUCAGCUAAGGUAUAAAGCAAUUUUAUAUUCCGUUUACAGCUGUAGAUUUUGGGUUUCCCAAAUGCGGUAAUGACACGCGACACGCGGGUUAUCGGGAAGAUUUUUUUAAGGUCAGUCGCAAACAAAUAAAGUUUUCUGAUUUUGGUUGUUGCGCACUUGCGUUACAAAUCGUCAAAAACUGACAAAUGGUAUCAAUCAUCACUGUAACAUUUUUUACAUUCAGUGGUUCCGGAAGUUGAAACCGUACAUUGCGCAAUUGACGUGAGUCGGUUAGAGGCAUUCAGGCUCCUUUUAUUUUUUUCAUCUGUUUGCGCAUACAGCAAUUAGAUAAGAACAAAAUUUGUUUUAAAAAGUUUUUAAGGCCUAAACCAUUCUGAGAAGGAAAGAUAAAUAAUUGAAAAUUGGAGGGCAUCUGUGACCCUUGUAAAAAAUAUCUUGCAUACCGUGACCGUGGAGAACAUCUUUAAAAUUUACCUACACUACUAAAAUUGCGGCGAACACAACUCGAACUGGAUAAAAUGUGAGACUUGUGAGGAAAGCCAGUAAAUUUAGACAAGGCCAGGAACAGAACAUCUCACCAAGACAGUGAGCAUUUCGAUUGAAAAAUGGAAAACAAAAUACAAAUAAGUCAUAUUUCCGGCUUAUGUAGCAAAGUCACGAAAUUACACCAGCUGGCUUACAGGCCCGCCAUAAACAGAAAAGUUCGAGUCAUGAUUCUGAAUAACAACCAGCCUAGUGGCGACAUGAAAUUCUGAAUUAACUCAGUCACAGUUUCUCGGGGAAAGGUUGAAAUUAAUCUUGAAUAUCAGGAAUAUACUAUAAAACAGCGAACGCAACAGUGAAAGUGAUUGAUUCGCGUGACCACUAUGGUUAAAUGUCUCUUCUCAUUUUCAGCUGAUCCAAUGAAACUUUGAGUUUCCGUUUCUUGUACAGUCACUCUAUUCUCUUUUGUUAUUCUACCUUUGGACGGAAUUCGAACGCGUUCGAAAAGGAAAUUGCAAAAUAAUCUUCAAGUUCUUUAAGCCUCAAAAUCAAUAAAGUUGAAACCGCAAGAAUAAGAAUGUUUUGCACAUUCAGCGUUUCAGCAGUAAAUGUACUUCAUCGUCUAUAUCCCUCACUUGCGCAAUCCAAGCACUUUGUCAGAAGAUUCUUGUUGCUUGUUUCUUGAUUCCCUCUCAACAAUGGAUGAUUUACCAAUAAUCGGAUCCUUGCUUUUGCGCACAGAUUUUUGGGAUCGCCACGUGGCAAACAAUACAACUCGCUAAAAAGGGAUGUAUCAUGAAAGGUUUUUCCGACUUCCAAAAAAACGAUUUUGAUAUGUUUGUGGAGUUUCUUGUUGUUUUCUUCUAAUGUUCGAUUCGGUCGAUCGAGACGUUAGCAAGAAUAAAAAGCUAAGGGGUUGUCCUAUCUGUCACUAUGUGGGCACCCAGAUCGCCAACAGGGAAUUGCGAUAAAUUUAGGUCGCGAGUUGCGAAAAAAAUCGCAUAAGUCCUUUACCCUAUAUGGAAAGAUUUUCUCAAACUUUCAACUACUCAAACACUAAAGUCGCGAAGCGCCGGAUGCAGUGAAAAGGAUGUCAUAAGCAAUAUAUGCGCUUAGUCAGCAAAAACCAACGGCAAGUGAUUGAAUCAUUUAAUGUUUGUAAGCUGCACAUGAAUUUUCCUCCUUCAUCAAAGUUAAUACAAAAGGUGAUGCUAUUAUCAUCAAAUCACCUGCAAAAUAUUCUCGGGUCCAUUAACAAAAUUGUUUCAGCAAUGUCUCAGACGUCUUAGGACAGCAACGUAUAAAGAGUCUUUAUUUUUACAAACCGCAAAAGAUAGUCAGCGCUAAAAAAAGAGGUAAAAUAUCUCGUGAUACAUGUCGCAAUCUUGCGACACAAAAGAAUAGACUAGCAUGCCCAGACAAAUAACGUCCCUCUUGCCGCUGUCUAAGCGAGGAUGUUGAACUCCCUGCGCAAAGUGGUCCAGUGGCACGCAACACACGGAAUAUAAGUCUUUUAGGAAGCUCUUAUUUACGGUAUAAAGAGAGCACAGUUUUCAGGUCUUGAUUGAAUCACUCGAUCAUUCUUAACGCAACCACUAUUCCAAGCAUCGAAACCCAAAUACGGAAAUACCAAUCAUGCCAAUUCCAUUACUAUGCUCUUAUUAAACCUCGGUGUUUCCCAUACCAUACUGAAACUGUUGCACAAUAUUUGAGAUUAAAAACUUUUAAUGCUGUUCGUUUGCUUUCAUCUUCUUUCGCACAAAAAAACCGAACAAUUAAAAAAACACUAAAAUUAUUUUAAGGCUUAGACUUCCUAGGAAGUAACAGAUUUUCGCAAGGACAUAAAACCUUGACUUACAACUUCAUGAAGUCUCGCUGAUGGAAGUUAGACGUAUUUUUUUUUUCUUGCUUAAAAAACCGGGGAAGGGAAAAUGGAAAGAAUCAGCCUACCUCUGUGUGGUCUAAAAUCGUCGAGCUAACACAGCAAAUGGACUGUUAAAAGAACGCCUUUCUGAUCACGAACACGCACAUCGCAAAGAAAUUGUGCCCUUUCGUCUGAUGGUCUUUACCAUGUAAUAAGAGAUUAUACACUGUAUACAGUUGAAUCUGUAUUAAGCAGUUACUCACGAGGAAUGCUGGGGAAAAAGUGAUCUUUGGACCCAGGACAUAAAACAGGAAAUAAACAAAACUAAUCAAAAGGGUUACCCCCGAAGGAUCGCCACCUUGUUGUGGUCGGCGGGCUUGAGUGCCUCAGAGACCCUUAGAGCCAUGCCGGCGGGAGCUUCGUCUCAUGGUAGGGCCACCUAAGCCGGACAGGUCGAAGGGUAAAGGUUCGACGAAGCGCGAUCCACCGGUCCUCCAGGUUAGGGGUUUGGGCACAGAGCUAACAGCCCUGUCCCGUAAAACACCCACGUUACGGAAACGGCAACGAAGAAAAUCAUCACUACUGGGCGAGACGGGCUUUCAGAGUCAUCGAAACAUAUUCGUAUGAAUGACAGUGGUGAAAGCCGAAAGGAAACCGCUGACAGGAAGAUGGAAGACUUGAGCGCCAAAUGCAAGACCAGAAUUGGAUUCUGGAAUGUAAGAACUGUAUACGAGACAGGAAAGCUGGCUCAAGCCACAGCUGAGAUGGGACGUUACAACCUACACGUCUCUGGAAUUAGUGAGAGCAGAUGGACAGGUUCAGGCAGACACAAAAUCAACACAGGAGAGACAGUGCUAUAUUCCGGAAGAGAAGACGAUCAGCACCAUGAGGGAGAAGCCAUCAUCCUCAAGAAAGGUCUCGAGAAGUGCCUGAUGGAGUGGAAGCCAAUCAACAGCAGGCUCUUAAAAGUAAGAUUGAAAGGGAGACACAUCAACACAACUAUGAUCCAGUGUUACGCACCAACAAACGACUCUGAGGAAGACAACAAGGACACUUUCUACGAACAGCUUCAAGCAGAACUGGAGGACACACCACGUCAUGAGAUGAAGAUUAUGAUGGGAGAUCUCAAUGCAAAGGUUGGAAAUGACAAUAGGAACUACGAAAGGGCCAUGGGGAAAGAAGGAUGUGGCACCAUGAAUGACAAUGGAGAGAGGCUACUGGACAUCCACACCACCCAUGAUUUUGUCAUUGGAACGUUCUUUACACACCGGGACGUCCACAAGCUGACCUGAUACUCCCCCAAUGGAAGAGACGAGAACCAGAUCGACCACCUGAUGAUCAACGGGAUGUGGAGGCUAUCACUGCUAGACGUCCGAGUGAGAAAAGGAGCUGAUGUGGGAAGUGACCACCACCUUGUGACUGCUACACUGAAGCUGAAGCUAAGGAAGACCGGAUCCAGUCCGAGAGAGCGACAACACUUCGGCGUGGUGAAGCUGCGAGACCUUAAACUAAAGACUGCCUUCACACUACAGCUGAAGAAUAAGUUCCAGGUACUGGCAGAUGCUGAAGACCAGACGCAAGAAGGCUCUGGAGAUAUCAAUGCGAAGUGGCAACAGCUUAAGAUACCCUACGAGCAGACCUGCAAAGCCUGCUUUGGAACAAAGCAGAGGAAAAGGAAGAAGUAGGUCACAGAGGAUGCCUGACAAGUCAUUGAGAACAGAAGAACUCUCAAGAAGAAAGUCUUGGGGGCCGAAUUAGAGCAACUGAAAGAGAGAUACAAGCAACAAUGUAAGGAAGCGAACCGAACAGUGAAGAGGAUGACAAAACAGACAAGCGGAGCCACAUAAACGACCUUGCAAGCCAGGCAGAAGAUGCAGCAAGCAAGGGAGAAAGGUAGAGUCUAUAGGAUCGCCAAGCUGGUGUGUGGUAGUUACAGUGAAGGCACUGACGCUCCGAUCAUGGACAAGCAGGGACGACUUCUCACGACAGAAGCCGAGCAAGACGCACAAUGGACGGAACACUUCAAUAAAGUUCUGAACAGAACACCACCACCAACGGAGGCAGAUAUACAAGAGGCAGAGACAAACCUGGAUGUCAACCCGAUCCCCCAGGAAAAGAAGAGAUCAUAGCAGCUAUCAAGUCCCUCAAGAACGAAAAAUCCCCUAGACAAAAUAAUCUCGGUGCAGAAGUAUUUAAAGCAAAUCCACAGCUAGCAGUAUACCUGCUCUUUACAGGUAUCUGGGAGGGGAAGAAUCACCUGACGAUUGGACAGAGGGAGUCAUUGUGAAGAUUCCGAAAAAACGUGCCCGCAACAACUGCAAUAACUGGCGAGGAAUCGCCUUACUAUAUAGCUAUCUGUACCCAGCAAGAUCCUGGCCAAGAUCAUCAUCCAGCAAAUAGCCGACACAGUGGACCAACAACUGAGAAGAGAGCAGGUAGGGUUUUGGAAAGGAAAGGGAUGCACAGAUCAGAUCUUAAUCCUGCGUAACAUCAUAGAGUAGUGCACAGAGUGGCAGAGACAACUCUACAUAAACUUUGAAGACUUUGAGAAGGCUUUUGAUAGCGUGCACCGGGAAGUCUGUGGCGCAUCCAUCGGGCCUAUGGGAUACCACAGCAGAUUAUCGACAUCAUCAAAAGCUUCUACAACAACUUCACAUGCAGAGAAGGCAACAGCGAAACCAACUUUGAAGUGAAGACUGGCGUCAGACAAGGCUAUACAAUGUCGGCGAUGCUCUUCAACAUGAGUACUGACUGGAUAAUGAGGCGCACAACAGAAGAUCAGUCACGGGGCAUAAGUUGGAUCCUCUCCUUAAUGCUAGGGGACCUAGAUUUUGCAGAUGAUCUUGCCUUGGUCUCCCAUACUCAACAACACAUGCAGGAAAAGACGACCCGACUCAGCACUUGCGCACAGCAAGUUGGCCUGACGAUCAGCCAAAAGAAGACAGAAGUGAUACUGCUGAGCGUGUCCAAACCUAGACCAGUUUAAGUGAACGGAGAAGACCUGCCAACGACUCAAGAGCUCACUUACCUGGGCAGCACAAUAAGGCAUGAUGAAGGAGCUGGGAGUGACAUCAAGAACCGUCUCAACAAGGCCAGAAACGCCUUCAGAAGCUCAACAACGUGUGGAGGUCCUCUCAGUACAGCACCAAGACCAGGCUGAAGAUCUACCAAAGCUGUGUGAUAUCCACCCUACUAUACGGCUCUGAAUGCUGGAGGAUGACAGAGUGCGACAUCACCAAGCUGUCAGACUUCCACACUAUGAACCUCAGGAGAAUCCAUACAAAUGGUGUAGCGUUUCGUUGAAUAGCUUGCCAUCAUCAGACGCUCUAGUUGAAUAUUAAAUUGCUUAGGAUUACGUGAAAUAUUUCGAUGUUGUGGCGAAUCGUCAAGCUUGCUUGUGGCGUGACGCGAAGGCUAUCUCGCGGAAACCACCAAAAAUACAAACCGUAAAUGGAACAGCGAUUUGCUGGGGGGCAUGAUAUCCUUGAUCUGUUUUGACAUUUUUCAAUCAAAGUAGUAUCAGAACGCUUUAAUUGGUGUACCGGUAUGUAUCCGCGCUAAACCAACUCGGAAAAAUUAUUUCUUUUGCAAACACUACUUUUGGAACGCGGAAAAAAACCGUAAGUUAACUUACUAAGUUAACCUAACUGAAUUUACAAAGUCUACAUGCUAAUGUUAAUACCAUACCUGCCUACCUUACACUUCUACAGGAGAUAGACAACUCCUUGGAAAUGCAAAGGAGGAGGUAACAGCAAUAUAUUUGUGUUUUCCAGUAUUACAACUGUAAAAUCCUCCAAUUCCAUCGCACAAGUUUCCAACCCAUCUUAAUUUUUAGUUGAAGAAGUUAUGAUUUUGUUUUAUAGAUCAUUUAUUUGUAAUAUUAUUCUAGCUCAAAUGAAUUUAACAACCCAUCAAAUUAUAGUAGUCAGAUAACCCACAUUUUAAUAGUAUUAUCUCAACAUUAUAGGAAAAGCUCGCGGAUGGACAAAUGGAAUUGGCUGCCUUUGAGAAAGCCAAUGGACCACCAUCAGUUCAUUUGGAUGAGGUUCUCAAGAAAACGAAUGUCGAGAGACAAGCUUACCAAGGAAAAUCAUUCAUUGGUAACCAUAUACACACUUGCUGCAAGGUAACACAAAUUCUACCCUUAGAGAAGGAAUUUGUUGAGUCACAAAAUUUUAUUAAAUUGUUGCGGUGUUUUUUUCCGUAGGAAGACAAUAUCAUUGAACUUUGCAGUGCUGUGGUGACAAAAACAGAGGAGCUGUGUCCUUCCUUCCUUUCUCAAGCUAGAGAAAGAAGUGUUAAAUUUGAAUAAGUUUUCAGGUUAUGUGCUGCUUGCCACUUUUUCUAUGACAGUGCAGACUAUCUCAAUGAUGGCAAGAUUGAUAAGCUAGGUACGUGAAAGAAAAAACCUGACUUUCAUGGAAAACAUGAAUACAAUAAUAAGAUCAUGUCUUAAGUCAGUUCCGCCUUUUCUUGUUUUCUUGUUGCAGCGGAAGACAUCACAAAUUUUCUUCAGUUCAUUAGGGAAAAAUUCCCAGACAUGACGAUCACACCAAAACUCCAUAUGCCCUUUUCUUCGACAAUGGCACAUGAGCCUUGGAUUCUAAGAUGAACAAGGGUGUGAAGGAGUACGCUCCGAAUUUAAUACCCAGUCCCAGCAUUUUGACCAUCUGAAGAAAAAGGACACGAGAUUACGUCAAAUCCUUGUUAACCACCACAUUGCCACGAGUGCGUAACUGACAGGGAAAGUUCCCAAACCUAAAGAGAGAAAUUUAAAACAAAAAAACCAGUGAAUAAAACUCUUUCCUUUCACUAACAACGUAUCGGUUCGUUGACUAAGAGCGAG